AUGGACGACCAUACGACUAGGAUCGACUGCUCCUUCACAGCGUCAACUAACAAUGUCAUCAAUAGGAUAACAGAUGAAGAAGCUGCACGAAUGGGGAGCCGAAUGGCGGUGGGAACUAAGGGGAAUGGUAGGAUACACCUGAGGAAGGCAGCUGGAAAUGUAUGGAACGACCCUACGCUGGAUGAUUGGCCAGAGAAUGACUUUCGCAUUUUUUGCGGUGAUUUAGGCAAUGACGUGACGGACGAUGUGCUGGCCAAUGCGUUUAAAAAGUAUCCAACUUUCCAACGUGCUCGUGUUAUCAGGGACCGCAACUCAGGCAAAAGCAAGGGAUACGGCUUCGUUUCUAUGAUGAGUGCUGAAGACAUGUUAGCAGCGUUAAACGAGAUGAACAACAAGUUUGUAGGUAAUCGCCCAAUUCGUGUGAUGCGUAGCAAGUGGAGAGAUAGAGACAUCGACUCAACGAAGAAUAGACAGGCAGCAGCUGUGUACCAGAUGUCCGCUGAAAAUUCAAAGACGUUACGCAAGUUUAAAAAAUUAGGUAAAGCAGUGACCGGUGGCAAGAAGGCUAAUUUGGUUUACGAACCCAAGACGUUCAAAAGGAACAAGAUCUACCUUAGCACUGGCGUCGCUAACCGAUUCGACAACAGAUCACGCGUAUCCCACGACCACCUGCUCGACAACAUAUAG